AUGAGAUUAUAUGACUGGAUUAUGCUUCCUAUGUUGUUCGUAAGAUCGAAACCAACUCCAUAUUUUCAAUUCGAUGAUAUGUUUUAUGUGGAAUGUAUUCCUACCGCUCAUUUAAAAGAUUAUUUGUACUACGGCAAUGUAUCAACCUAUAUUCGUGGAUCAUUACUGACGGUCACUACUCCAUUGUCAGGUCGAUGUGAAGUUUGGAAAAAUGUGAUUAGCGCUAUGACUAAGUGGGCAGUGGAUAAUGGUGUUAAGGAUUAUUGGGUAUAUCCAGACGAGUUCAUGAUUCACAAUAAUUGUCGAAAUUUUGAUUUAACACUAACGAAUGAUGAUAACAAUCGUCACUUGGCUAUACACAUGAAGAUAAUCGAGCCUAAUGCGUCUGCCAUAGGCCCAUGGUGCUAUGCUUACGAUCUUCUUCAUUCGAAAUACUACGUGGCACGUUGCUUCCCUGAAUGUAUUGGAAGCAGCUAUCAGGGUACAACAAUUUCUCCUCAUCGCACUAAAAUGGCAACUGUGGAUACGAAACCAAACUACAAUACGAGGCUAAUAGAUGCGAUCGCCGUAAAGGCUUUUAGCAAAUAUGAGUGGGGGCCAUCAACAUAUUAUGAUUCCAGACCGUCAAAUCUGUUACUAUCGGCCGAGUUUGAAAAAAAUCGUUACUCAAUUUUCUUUGCUAUGAUUGCGGUUGGAAUGAUUAUUAUGAUUUGCAGUAUUUCAUUUGUUAUUGCCCGAAGUUAUAUUAAAACUAAAGAAAGAGAGCUGAAACAGGAAGAGAUUAAGGGGAAUAUAGCUGAAAAAGUACAAUCAGUAACAAAGAAUUCAGCAACACAAGUUGCUCUUCCGGUUUCAAAUCCAGCCGAAAAGUUGAAGCGAAAACUGGGAAUGUCCGUAUGA